GCAGUCCCGGCCACGGCGCGACGGCUCGGCGGCUGGACCGUGGGGCCGGGUCAGUCAUGCCGGUCACCGGGAAGACUUUCCGCCGGCGCCGCGCCGACUCGGAGUCGGAGGAAGAUGAGCAGGACUCAGAGGAGGUUCGAUUAAAACUGGAAGAGACCCGAGAGGUACAGAACUUGAGGAAGAGGCCCAAUGGGGUGAGUGCUGUGGCCCUGCUGGUGGGAGAGAAGGUACAAGAAGAGACUACUCUAGUGGAUGAUCCCUUUCAGAUGAAGACAGGCGGUAUGGUGGACAUGAAGAAACUGAAGGAAAGGGGCAAAGAUAAGAUCAGCGAAGAGGAAGAUCUCCACCUGGGGACGUCGUUUUCUGCAGAAACCAACCGAAGGGACGAAGAUGCUGACAUGAUGAAGUACAUUGAGACAGAGCUGAAGAAGAGGAAAGGGAUCGUGGAACAUGAGGAACAGAAAGUCAAGCCGAAGAAUGCAGAGGACUGUCUUUACGAACUUCCAGAAAACAUCCGCGUUUCCUCAGCAAAGAAGACUGAGGAGAUGCUUUCCAACCAGAUGCUGAGCGGCAUCCCCGAGGUGGACCUAGGCAUCGAUGCCAAAAUAAAAAACAUCAUCUCCACGGAGGAUGCCAAGGCCCGGCUGCUGGCGGAGCAGCAGAACAAGAAGAAAGACAGUGAGACGUCCUUCGUGCCCACCAACAUGGCCGUCAAUUACGUGCAGCACAACCGGUUUUAUCAUGAGGAGCUCAAUGCCCCCAUACGGAGAAACAAAGAGGAGCCCAAAGCCCGACCCUUGAGAGUGGGUGACACAGAGAAGCCGGAGCCUGAGCGGUCCCCUCCUAACCGCAAGCGUCCUGCUAAUGAGAAGGCCACCGAUGAUUAUCACUAUGAGAAGUUCAAGAAGAUGAACAGACGGUACUGAGGGCCGCUCAAGGGGAGUGCCAAAUGGGAUGUAAGCAGCGCCACCCCCCCCCCCCAUAAAAGGCUUCCUGGACAGAGGCCUGCUCAUUUGCUAGCAGACAGUUCCAAAAACAGACUGUUAGUCCUGCUGCUUACCUCCUGGAUUUUUUAGGCACUGAGUUUGUAACUUUUUGAAACAAAACAAUGUGUGGCUUUCCUAUUUGGGGGCACACUCUAUUCUUGUGAGCAUUAUUAAAUCUUGUUUGUAAAUAUGUUGACUUUCUCUUAACAUUUGCCCUGGGUCAGGAGGAAACAGCUGUGUGUGCAGGGUGAGACAAUACCCUUUAAACUGUGCUUUUAUUUUCUAUCCAAUCAUGUCUUCUGCUUUCACAUAUCUGGACUGGGGUUCAGAAGUGCAUCCUUCACUCUUUACAGUGGAUCCAGCUGAAAAACCUAGGACGGGAUUAGAGAGACACUGGUAUUUUCCGACUUUUACCAAGUUGCUUGUUUCUUUUCAUUAAGAAAGAAAAAACCAAUUUCUAUCACUUUCAGCACUUACCUAUUAAAUAUGAAAUGAAUCUGGC